UGAAAAAAUGACGACAAGUUUAGACGAUCUUUUUAAUCAGAUCAUUCAUUCAGAGCUUCAUGCACAACAAAAGAAGAAGUACCAUCAUGACUUGAAAUGCAGGAUUCAGUCGACAUUAGCCAGAAAAGAUGGAUUACAGAAAAAAUACAAAGAGUUGCAAAGAGAAUUGAUAUGUAAAACAAAUUUGUUAAUUCAAGAGGAGGUGAAUUUAAAGUGUUUAGACCACAGGGAAAACAUUUUAAGAGACGAAAAGGCCUCUCUAGAGACGGAAAAAGAACGUAUCCAAAAAUGUCUGACAGACAUGCAGUUCAGAAAGACAGAGGCACUGGAAGGGUUUUGUCGUGGGGUGAGGGGCUUCAUACAGGAUUAUGGGUUACAGAGUGGGGGUCAUCAGCGGAGAAAAGAGGAACACAAGAAAGCAUUGGAAGAGGCAAAACAGACGGAAAUAAACCUAAGAGCAGAGUUAGAAGUCAUCGAAGAAAGACAUAAAACUUUAGAGGGGAUAGAAAAACAACUCAAUAAUGAACGGCAAAGUCAUCAAAAUCUUCAGAAAACGAAGGAAGAUCUGGACGAUGAAUUAAAGAAAUUACACGAGCAGACAGACAUUCUGACAGCCAAGAAAACAGAAUUAAACAUGGUUCCCCACACGGAUCCAGAGUUUUUAAGUUUGAGCAAGGACUUGGAAAUUGCCAAUGGAGAACGUUUAGAGGAAAAAUGUAUGGCUUUACAACAGGAACUUCAGCGACUACAACAGAUUUUGUGGCAGAAGCAAGUCAGAGAGCGAAAACGAUCGAUCGGUGGCGCCAUAUCAACAACAACCGCCCAAAGAAAAGCUGAUUAGAACAGAAGAAACAAGUACCAACAGAAUUACAGUGUCUAACUUCAGCACAGAAGAGGAUACCAAAAAAUAGAAUCAGC